ACAACUAACUAUGGGGAUAAAAAGCGUAUUCAAAAAGAAAGAACCAACCGAAGAUGAAAUCAGAGACCACUUGGCCCUGAGAGGUAUCACAUCCAAGUCCACCGCCGGAGGUUUUGCCGGACGAGAAGAAAAGUUUGGUGCAUUUAAAGAGUAUGCCCAAACAAGAGCCAGCCAGAAAUCGGCAAUUCGUCCUGUGAACCCAUAUGCCAACUUGAAUGGUAACGCAGCGGGCGGUGGCCAAAACGCUGGUUCCAACCCAUACGCCGAGGUGCCACCCCAAGGUGUUAACCCUUAUGGCCUCAACGGCUCUUCUUCAUUAAGUCUGAACCCUUCCUCACAAAAUGGUUUAGCCGCUCCAUCUGACCCUUACGCCCAGCGACCCCGGCAGGGUUUGCAGAGCCUGUCGCUGCGUCCACCAUCAUCGCUGGUUCCAGAUCCGUACGCUCGUUCUACACGUUCGUCGACAUCUUCCCCUGAUCCCUACGCUCGUUCAACCCGCACCUCGACUCGUCAACGGGACUUUGACGAAGAAUCCUUGGACCUCAAUGCCAUUCCAAGUAACACAAUGUACCAAAACGCCAGAAGGCCUACCAAGAAGGCGGUGGCUCUUGAUGAUGCUACAAUCGACUUGAACGAACUACCUGAAGAAGACGACCUAAACGUGGUGCUAGACGAAGAGUUACCAGAACAAGAACAAGUCAAUUCGGAAGACGAAGAAGUUGAAGGCAUUAAACAGGAUAUCCGAUUCAUCAAGCAAGAGUCGACGGCUCUGACCAGAAACACAUUAAGAAUGGCACAAGAAGCUGAUGCUUCAGGUACUAAUACUUUGGGGGUAUUGGGAUCUCAAAGUGAACGAUUAUACAAUGCUGAACAGAACUUGAAUCUUGCCGAUACUCAAACCAAAAUUGGAGAAGAGAAGAUCAAGCAGGUGCAGAGGUUGAACCGGUCGAUUUUCAUUCCAGCCAGUGGGAACCCCUUCAAUAAGAAGUCAAGGUUAAGACUGCAAGAACAAAGACUUAAAACCGAAAAGGAGCAUGAGAAGUACAUGCGGGACUCUAAUAGGAAGAACAUGUAUGAGAGUGAACAAAGAAUCAAGCAAGGAAUUACUCAAAAUGCUUCUGGUUCCGAAUUACAUCAGAAGUAUCGUGGAGAAAAGAAUCUUGCAAGUGCCCAACGGUACCAAUUCGAAAACGAUUCGGAGGAUGAUGAAAUGGAGAAGGAAAUUGCCAGUAACUUGGAACAAAUUGCCUUGUAUUCGAAGAAGUUGCGUAAUACUGCCAACACCAUGGGUCAAGAAGUAGAUAGCCAGAACGACCGGUUGAGGAAGAUUGAAGAAGAUGCGGAUCGGUUGGAUAUCAAUGUGCACUUGAACAACACUCGGUUGAGUAACAUCCGCUGAAGUACAUCGCCAAGACCAUGAAAGAGGUUAUAAUGUUAGAUAGAACCAUGAAUUAAUAAUUUAAUUGAA